AUCUACGGUGGUGUACUUGACGCACAAGGCUCUAGUUUGUGGAAAUGCAAGAACAGUGGUGGCAAAAAAUGCCCUACUGGUGCUAAGACUUUGUUAUUUACUGAUUCGAAUAACAUCAGUAUCUACGGUUUAACUUCGAUCAAUAGCCAGAAGUUCCAUAUAGUUAUCGACCAGAGCAAUAACGUUAAGAUUGACGGCGUUAAAGUUUCUGCUGAUGGGGAUAGCCCUAACACCGAUGGGAUUCACAUCGAGAACUCUCACUCCGUGAAUAUCACUAACUCGAGAAUUGGAACCGGGGACGAUUGCAUCUCCAUCGGUCCAGGAUCCACUUAUGUUUCUAUACAAGGCAUUCAAUGCGGUCCAGGCCAUGGCAUCAGCAUUGGAAGUCUCGGGAGAUCCGAGGACGAGCAAGGAGUGGAGAACGUGAUCGUGAGUAACGUGGAUUUCAUGUCAACUGAUAACGGAGUUAGGAUCAAGACAUGGGGAAAAGAUAGCAAGAGUUUCGUACGAAACAUUGUUUUUCAACAUAUUAAUAUGAAGAUGGUCAAGAACCCGAUUAUCAUAUACCAACACUAUUGUCUUGACAAACCUUGCCCUAAAAAGGAAUCUGGAGUUGAAAUAUCAAAUGUGAGAUAUGAAGAUAUACAAGGAACAUCGAAUACAGAAGUGGCGGUUAUGUUGGACUGUAGUAAGGAUAAACCAUGUACCGAUAUUGUAAUGGGUAAUGUGAAUCUCGUCUUGCAAAUGGUUUAUGGAUCGGCUCAGGCUUCUUGCAAUAAUGCAAGUGGAUUAGCUAAUGAUGUCGUUGUCCCGUUCACUCCUUGUCUAAAGAGAGACUUGCUUUUGACAUGA